AUGCAACUGCUGAGACAUACCGCCCGCACCGCUUUCCGGGGCUGCAACACCAACCUCACCAAUGGCACCCGCAUACCACUCCCCAAGCAAUCCAUCUCUGCCGCCGCUGCCCACUUCUCCACGUCUCGUACCAGCCCGGCCAAAAACCAGAUCUACGCAUCCACUCGCCCGCUAACCUCUGCUUCUGGCGCCAGUGUCCGCCGUCCUGAUGACUUCCACACCUAUCAACUUCUUUCCUCCUCCUCUCGCACACCACUGAUAACACUGUGGACCACGUCUUGGUGCGGGACUUGUCGAGUCGUGGCCCCUCUUAUACAAUCCAUCGUAGAGUCUGGUGUCGGUGAAGCGGAGGGCGGCGUAGGCUACUGCACUGUCGAAUUCGACUCUCCCGACGUCAUGAGCGAAGGAUUGGGCAUGACCUACAUGAUCACCUCCAUCCCGACUCUGCUGAGCUUCGACAACCAAGAGGCCCAAAUACAGACCAAGGUUCACGAUGCCAAGAAGUUGACAGACCGCGCUUUCCUCGAAGAGUGGAUCAGGUCUGAGGCUCGGCGGCACGGCCAGCGCGGAGGUGGCGGAGGAUCCGGCGGCGUUUUUGGAGGGUUGUUUGGUGGUUUCAAAUGA